GUGAAAGACAGAAGGAGGAAGCUUGCAGUUAACAGCUUUGCGGAAGGUGCUGUAAGCCUCAUGGUGGAUAAGAAGCAACGGGUAAGCCAUCUCGAUGGAUGCUGACAGUGAUGUGGCACUGGAUAUUUUAAUCACUAAUGUUGUCUGCGUGUUUCGAACAAGAUGCCAUUUAAAUUUGCGAAAGAUUGCUUUGGAAGGUUUAAACGUCAUUUACAAGCGUGAAGUCAGUAAAGUUUUGAUGAAACUAAGAAAGCCUAGGAUAACGGCUACAAUUUGGUCAUCGGGAAAAAUCAUUUGCACAGGAGCUACCAGUGAGGAAGAAGCCAAGGUGGGUGCAAGGCGCUUGGCCCGUUCUUUGCAGAAACUUGGUUUCCAGGUUAAAUUCACUGAGUUUAAAGUUGUGAAUGUGUUGGCCGUGUGUACCAUGCCAUUUGAAAUAAGAUUGAAUGAAUUUACCAAGCAGAAUCGCCCUCAUGCAAGUUAUGAGCCGGAACUUCACCCUGCAGUCUGCUAUAGAAUAAAGUCUCUGAGGGCAACUCUGCAGAUCUUCUCGACUGGCAGUAUUACAGUAACAGGUCCAGAUGUGAAGUCGGUUGCCAGUGCCAUAGAGCAGAUCUAUCCUUUUGUGUUUGAAAGCAGAAAAACUAUUUUGUGAAUGAGCAGGUGGGGAUCAGGCAUUACUUAUACCAAGCAGCUUUGUGGAUGCUGAAUGGAAAAAUAAAACACUGCAACUUGAACAAAUUUUAACAGGACCAAUAAAGGGACCGCACUUUUCUUUCCAGAAAUGCUGGUUUUUAGUCGUGUGUUGUCAAGAAAGGACUGUUUACAAGCCUUGGACUUGCUGCUUUUUAACAUACAUACUAUUUAUUUGUAAAUGAAUGCCUACGGACUCCUGCGUAGAGCUGUAAUUAUGUGCACUAACUCGAUUCCUCUGUUUGAGCUUAUGGUUUAUUUAUAAAUACUCCGUGACCUUUAAUUUUUUUUUUUUUUAAAUGCUAAAUACGGGCACCAAAGAGGCUGUACAAGAUUUCUUCUCACUCUUGAAUGUGUUUUUAUAAAUGUUCUGUUGUCAUGCCACAAUUACUUUUGUUUUCUUGGUCGUGUAAAUAUUUUUUAAUAAAAUGAUGCCGAUUUAAAUUUC